GGCCUCUAUUAUUUUAUUGUUUCUUCUUUAUCAUUUCAUUUUCUUUCUUCUCCAUUUUUCACUCUAUCUCUACUCAAAUCAAAUUACGAAACCCUAAAAUUCUUAUCUCUCAAUCCCUCACUCUCUCUUUCAAAAUCAUCAUCUCCUUUGGGUCAAUUCUCAUGCCCCAUCUCUAAUUCUCAGUGAUUCAUUAAAUAUGAAGAGAGAGUUAGUUUUUGGGGCUAAUCGGAGCAGCUAUAUCGAAACGGAAUCGCAACAAGUAGCUCGAGAUAAUGGUGAAAAUUAUAAUAACUGUAAGAGAUUUAAAGUUCCUGGUAAGGUUAAUGGUUACUUUGUUUACUCUCGUGCUCGAAAAAGUAAAAAGGUAGCUGAAUUCGAUCAAACUAUUAGCCCUAGUAGUAAUAAUAUCAGCUUAGAUGAGCUACAAUUAUGUCGGAAAAUUAAUGGAAGUAGUGAUUCACUUGAUGGUGAAACUGUAACUGAAGAGAAUCAAUCAGCGGAAAAAGUAAUUAAAGAAGAGCCGUCUCUUUGCAUUGUAGAAUUACCUAAUUGUAAAAUCGAGCCAAUGAUGAGCGAAACUAGCUCAAUUUUAGGCUUAGCUAAGGAAUGUGGCGAUAUUGGGGAGGGUAAGAAAAAAUUGGGUAGGGAGGGCAAGUGUAAUAGAAAUAAAAAUAAGAUGAAGAGGUUAACGAAGAGGUUAUCGAAUUUGAAUUUUAAACUGCACCCUGUGGAAGUUAAGGUUAGUGGAUUAGAAGCUAUUGAUAGUGGAAUGUUUUCUAAAGUUGAAGUUGAGAUGAUUGCUGAAGGAAGUGCUUUGACUCCUCCUAAGAAGAAUUUAGAGUUGAAAAUGUCGAAAAAGAUUGCCUUGGAUAAUGUGCCUAUGACUGUCAAGGAGCUUUUCGAGACUGGCUUGCUCGAGGGGGUUCCAGUCGUGUACAUGGGCGGGAAAAAGUUUCAGGCAUUUUGUCUUCGAGGUACUAUCAAAGAUGUUGGAAUUCUGUGUUCUUGUUCUUUCUGCAAGGGCAUCUGCGUUAUUCCACCUUCCCAAUUUGAGAUUCAUGCCAUCAGACAAUACAGACGUGCAUCACAGUACAUUUGUUUUGAAAAUGGGAAGAGUCUGCUUGAUGUACUAAAUGCAUGCAGAAAUUCUCCCCUGGAUUCCUUGGAAGCAACAAUUCGAAGUGCCAUUAGUGGUUCCCCAGUAGAGAAAACCUUUACCUGUAGGAGAUGCAAAGGUAUGUAUCCUACUAUCUGUGUUGGAAAAAUAGGGCCCUUAUGCAAUUCAUGCGUGGAGUCGAAGGAAAUUAUAGUCAGCUCUGCUUGUGAAAGUGCAAAGGCCAGCUUAGUUGAACCAGUUUUCUCUGCAGAAUCCUCUGGAAGUGCUUCUGUUUCAACUCUCUCGCAAGAUAAUACUCAAAAGAAAAAAACAAUAAAGUCGUCAAAAUCAGAUUUAAAAGCAAAAGCUCCCAUCCGAACUUCUUCAAGACGAAGGAGUCGAUGCAUGAUAAUUCCAAAGUCCCCGGAGGCAUUGUCGGUUAUACAAGCCUCCAAAAGUGCGCCUGCACAUCUUUAUUCAAGGAAAAGAAAGCAAUGGAAGAUUACAUCGAGGUCCCCCAAAACAGCUAUGAUGUCAAAGUCCUUGAAAAAUGCAUCAGAUGGAGUCUCUUCAGAAAACAAGUUCGAGUUGAAAAUUACAACAAAAGAUCAGAGGUUGCAUAAAUUGGUUUUUGACGAUGGUGGAUUGCCUGAUGGGACUGAAGUAGCAUACUAUGCUCGUGGCCAGAAAUUUCUCAUGGGUUACAAAAGGGGCUGUGGAAUUCUUUGUUGUUGCUGCAACUGUGAGGUCAGCCCCUCAAUAUUUGAAGCUCAUGCUGGCUGGGCUACUCGCAGAAAGCCCUAUGCAUAUAUUUACACUUCUAAUGGUGUAUCACUUCAUGAACUGGCAAUUUCACUAUCUAAAGGUCGCAAGUAUUCUGCCAGGGACAAUGAUGACCUAUGCGUCGUCUGUGCAGAUGGUGGGAGUCUUCUUCUUUGUGAUGGAUGCCCAAGGGCCUUUCAUCAAGGAUGUGCGUCUCUAUCAAGUGUUCCUCGUGGUAAAUGGUUUUGCCAAUUUUGCCAGAAUAUGUUCCAAAAAGACAAGUCUGAGGAACAUAAUGUCAAUGCUGUUGCGGCUGGAAGAAUUUCAGGAGUUGAUUCUAUAGAACAGAUAACCCAGAGAUGCAUCCGUAUUGUCAAAAACAUAGAAGCAGAACUUACUGGAUGUGUGCUAUGCAGAGGCUAUGACUUCAGCAGAUCUGGAUUUGGACCACGCACAAUCAUACUUUGUGAUCAGUGUGAGAAGGAAUUUCAUGUGGGUUGUUUGAGGAGUCAUAAAAUUGCAAAUUUAAAGGAAUUGCCAAGAGGGAAGUGGUUUUGUUGCUCAGAUUGUGGUAAGAUACAUUCUGCUUUGAAGAAGUUGCUAGCUCAUGAAGCUGAAAUCAUCCCGCACAAUCUCUUGGAAAUUGUAAAGAAGAAGAAUGAGGACAGAGGUUUGGAAACCAUGAAUAAUAUUGAUGUGAGAUGGAAGCUUUUGACUGGCAAAUCGUCUUCUCCUGAAACUAAAUUGUUACUUUCACAGGCUCUGGCUAUCUUUGAAGAAUGCUUUGAUCCUAUAGUAGAUACAACUGGGCGUGACCUUAUUCCGUUGAUGGUUUAUGGGAAGAAUUCAAAGGGCCAAGAUUAUGGGGGAAUGUAUUGUGCAGUAUUGAUAGUCGACUCAUUUGUUGUAUCGGCCGCAAUAGUUAGAGUAUUUGGGCAAGAAGUUGCAGAACUUCCCUUAGUUGCAACAAAGAAAUGUAACCAUGGGAAGGGCUAUUUUCAAUUAUUAUUUUCCUUCAUGGAGAAGCUGCUGUCAUAUUUGAAAGUGCAGAGCAUUGUGCUCCCAUCUGCGGAAGAGGCAGAAGCUAUAUGGACCGAUAAAUUUGGUUUUCAGAAAAUAAAGCCUGAUCAGCUGAGCAAAUAUAGAAAAAGCUGCUGUCAGAUAAUGAGCUUCAAAGGGACGUCUAUGCUACAGAAAGUGGUUCCACCUUGUAGAAUUAUCAAUCAAACUACAGAGUCUAUACUAGGGAUACUGUAAAAAGGCGGUAUGACCUAUUCAUCAUUCGUUUUCAAGAGAAAAGAAAGAUUAUUGUUCUAACAUUUUCCAUUUUUGUCUCUAUUUUUUCUUACUAUUUCAAAUGUGUGUAAAUACUUAGGUAUUUCAUAAAGUGUAUACAUAAGUUACUAACUUCUACCCUUGUUUGAUCUUGCGGUAGCAAAUCCAUCUCAUUUAUGUUCAUCACUUGCUGAAUUUUCAUCCA